UUUGCAAGGAGAGAGAGUUGGAAUUUGUAAGUUGUAACCCUAGGCAAGAAUCAAGACCCAGUUGGGCGUGUGGCCACCACCGUUGCCGUCUUCACGCCCAUUCUCUUUCUCUCUCUCUGGAUUACUCGCAUCACAUCUCCUUUCCCUCUUCUGCACGCCUCUUCCUGAUAUCAAAUCUUAGGGUUAGGGCUUUGAUUUUCAUCGAUAUCACUUGAAUUGGGAGCGAUGUCGGAUCAGAAGUUGACUCGUAUUGCAAUUGUGAGCUCCGACAAGUGCAAGCCCAAAAAAUGUCGUCAGGAGUGCAAAAAGAGCUGCCCUGUCGUCAAAACAGGUAAACUUUGCAUUGAGGUGACUCCUGCAGCGAAGAUUGCUUUCAUCUCAGAGGAAUUGUGCAUUGGAUGUGGUAUCUGUGUCAAGAAAUGCCCAUUUGAAGCAAUUCAGAUUAUCAAUCUACCCAAAGACUUGGAUAAGGACACUACCCAUCGAUAUGGUCCAAACACCUUUAAAUUGCACAGGUUACCUGUUCCGAGACCUGGGCAAGUUCUUGGCUUGGUUGGAACAAAUGGCAUUGGAAAAUCAACUGCACUCAAAGUGUUGGCUGGAAAGUUGAAACCGAACUUGGGACGCUUCAAUAAUCCUCCUGAUUGGCAAGAGAUUUUGACAUACUUUCGAGGAUCUGAGCUGCAAAACUACUUCACUCGUAUCCUUGAAGAUAAUUUGAAGGCAAUCAUCAAGCCACAGUAUGUUGACCAUAUCCCGAAAGCUGUUCAAGGCAAUGUUGGUCAAGUCCUUUCACAGAAAGAUGAGAGAGAGGUAAAAGAAGAACUUGCUGUUGAUCUUGAGCUGAAUCAAGUUAUGGACCGGAAUGUGGGAGAUUUAUCUGGUGGAGAGCUUCAGAGAUUUGCAAUAGCUGUUGUCGCUAUCCAGAAUGCAGAGAUAUAUAUGUUUGAUGAGCCAUCCAGUUAUCUCGAUGUGAAGCAGAGGCUUAAAGCUGCCCAAGUUGUAAGAUCAUUGCUCCGGCCUAAUAGCUAUGUGAUAGUCGUGGAGCAUGACCUUAGUGUGCUCGAUUAUUUGUCUGACUUCAUCUGCUGCCUUUAUGGGAAACCUGGUGUGUAUGGGGUGGUAACCCUUCCUUUCUCUGUUAGAGAAGGAAUUAAUAUAUUUCUUGCUGGAUUUGUCCCGACUGAGAAUCUAAGAUUUCGGGAUGAAUCACUUACAUUUAAGGUUGCUGAGACUCCCCAAGAAAGUGCUGAAGAAAUCGAGACAUAUGCAAGGUAUAAGUAUCCGACCAUGACGAAAACCCAGGGAAACUUCAAGCUUAAGGUCAUGGAGGGUGAAUUCACCGACUCUCAAAUAAUUGUGAUGCUUGGUGAAAAUGGGACGGGGAAGACUACGUUUAUCAGAAUGCUGGCUGGCCUUUUGAAACCUGAUUCAGUCGAAGGAUCUGAUGUCGAAGUCCCUGAGUUCAAUGUCUCUUACAAGCCGCAGAAGAUCAGCCCGAAAUUUCAGUCUACUGUUAGAAUGCUGUUACAUCAAAAAAUCCGCGAUUCCUACAUGCAUCCUCAGUUUGUCUCAGAUGUCAUGAAACCUCUCUUAAUCGAACAACUGAUGGAUCAAGAGGUUGUGAAUCUUUCUGGUGGAGAAUUGCAAAGGGUCGCCCUGACUCUCUGUCUUGGAAAGCCGGCCGACAUAUAUUUAAUAGACGAACCAAGUGCAUACCUCGACUCCGAGCAACGUAUCGUCGCUUCAAAGGUUAUAAAGAGAUUUAUCCUCCACGCAAAGAAGACGGCAUUUGUUGUCGAGCACGAUUUCAUCAUGGCAACAUAUCUCGCUGACAGAGUGAUUGUGUACGAAGGGCAGCCGUCCAUAGAUUGCAUUGCCAAUUCACCUCAAUCGUUACUAACCGGAAUGAACCUUUUCUUAUCCCACCUCGAUAUAACAUUCAGACGGGACCCAACUAAUUACCGCCCCCGAAUCAACAAACUGGAUUCGACCAAGGAUCGCGAGCAGAAGACCGCGGGAUCGUAUUAUUAUUUGGACGACUAACGAGUGUUAAAAAUGUCGGAAAACUGUUCGACCCUCUCUUCUUCAUAUCAGCUCGUGGAUGUUGAUGGAUAGCGAAAAUGUUUGUCGUAGUUGACGUGGAAGUCGAGGGUUAAGUCAUGCACCGGAGGUGGGUUUUUUACGGGACGGCGUGUGGACAUUUGUCGCCUAUUAUUGGUAAGCUUUCCGGUGAGUUCUUUCGUGUUCUUUUCUCGGCCUGUUUUGGCUGUUUUUAUAUGAUGAGUAAUUUAUUACACACAGGAUUUGGCUUCUCGGGAUAUAGUUGUCCCCGGUUUAAAGUUUUGUUAACUUUUCCGACUGAAGUAUUGGUUUUGUUUUGAUUUGAUUUUGUGAAUUGAGGACUACAGCUCGUGUAAAAUGCCAACCCGGAUGGAUAUGUUUAAGAUGUUUUGAGACACACUAUAUUUUUCGUCCUAUGAACAUUAAACUUGGGUGGAUAAUGUGUUGAAUUUUUUUCUCGAAUAAUAUUCCCUUAGUUUUUAUUUUA